GUCACAUGACCCAGAUCACGUGACUGUCACCAGCUGACAGAGGAGCCAUGCGCCCACAGCCCCGGGCUGCCAUGGCUCUCCCCUGGGUCCUACCGCUGCUAGUGUUGGGGCUGUGUGGACUGGAGGUCAGGGCCCACAGAAUCCUGGACCCGGAUUUUCGGGAGACCUAUUUUGAGCAGCUUCUGGACCACUUCAACUUUGAGCGGUUUGGCAACAAGACCUUCCUCCAGAGGUUCCUGGUGUCAGAGAAGUUCUGGAAGCCGGGCGAGGGGCCCAUAUUCUUCUACACAGGCAAUGAGGGUGACGUGUGGUCCUUUGCCAACAACUCAGGCUUCAUCCUGGAGCUGGCGGCACAACAGGAGGCCCUGGUUGUCUUUGCUGAACAUCGUUACUAUGGAAAGUCGCUCCCAUUUGGCAAGCUGUCCACGCAGCGUGGGCACACUGAGCUGUUGACCAUAGAGCAGGCGCUGGCCGAUUUUGCGGAGCUGCUGCAGGCCCUGAGGCAGAAGCUGGGGGCCCAGCACAUUCCCGCCAUUGCCUUUGGCGGAAGCUAUGGAGGGAUGCUUAGCGCCUACAUGAGAAUGAAGUAUCCCCAUCUCGUGGCUGGGGCACUGGCGGCCAGUGCGCCCGUCCUCUCGGUGGCAGGCCUGGGUGACUCCUACCAGUUCUUCCAUGAUGUUUCCGCGGACUUUGAGGCCCAGAGUAACCAGUGUGCCCAGGGUGUGCGGGAAGCAUUCCAGCAGAUCAAGGACCUAUUCCUGCAGGGAGCACACCGCAGGGUCAGUCAGUCCUUUGGCACCUGCCAAUUACUCUCAAGCCUGGAAGAUCUGAUCCAGCUUUUUGGCUUUGCCCGCAACGCCUUCACCGUGCUGGCCAUGAUGGAUUACCCAUACCCCACUGACUUCCUGGGGCACCUGCCUGCCAACCCUGUCAAGGUCGGCUGCCAGCUGCUGCUGAGUGAGACAGAAAGAAUUCAGGGACUCCGAGCAUUAGUGGGGCUGGUGUACAACUCCUCAGGCUUGCAGUCCUGCUAUGACAUCUACCUGCAGUACCAGGCCUGUGCUGACCCCACAGGCUGUGGCUCUGGUUCCAAUGCCAAGGCCUGGGACUACCAGGCCUGCACUGAAAUCAACUUGACGUUCUCCAGUAACAACGAUAGUGACCUCUUCCCGGAGCUCUGGUUUACUGAGGCCCAGAGGCAGCAUUACUGCCUGGACACCUGGGGCGUGUGGCCCCGGCCUGACUGGCUGCGGACCAACUUCUGGGGGGGUGACCUCAAAAUGGCCAGCAACAUCAUCUUCUCCAAUGGAGACUUGGACCCCUGGGCCGGGGGUGGGAUCCACAGCAGCUUGAGUGCAUCAAUCGUGGCCAUCACCAUCCGGGGCGGAGCACAUCAUCUGGACCUCAGAGCAUCCCACCCAGAAGAUCCUGUGUCCGUGCAGGAGGCCCGCAAGCUGGAGGCUGCCCUCAUCCGAGAGUGGGUGAAGGCUGCGCAGCAGUAGCCACAGUGGCCAAGUACUAGGGACUCGGAAGCUGAGGUGCUCCUGAGCUGGGACAUGUGGGGGCAAGGCAGAUCCUGGGGUGUGGGUCACAGCUGCCCUUCCAGAGCCCGGAGCUCAAGGCAGCUGACAGUGGUGUAUGGCCUGGCCAUGCCAGGACAGUGAGUGUGUACACAGGAGGGUGCUAAGGUAGUGAGCACGCUGCAUGCCUGUGAAGUCAGCCACACACUCAAUACAACAAAAAAUUA